CUUUCGCAGUCGCAUCCUCGCCGGCGAACAAAAGCGCUGAGCAAUCCACUGUCACGCGAGUACAUAAGAACGAUCUCGCAGAUAACGGCCAUCACAAGGCUCGCGCUGCUCUGCGGGGGGUCGAGGCGUCGUCGCGAAAACAAUUAAAAUCGAGAUUGCAAAGUAGAGCGAAAGUUUGGUGAGUGAAAUUGUGACGUAGCCGCGUUACGGUCAGUGGCCCCGAACAUGACGUCGCUUCGGGCGCUCGAAUUCGCGAACCACUUCGGUGGUAGUGCCCUGGGCCUGCGCCACUCGUGCACUCGGAGGCUUUGGCGGGACAGUGCGUGACUAUAUUGUGGGAUAUGAGAAGGGUUAAUAAGUUCAUGGAGAUAAUGAGACGGAGGGUCGCGGCGGCGCGGCACGGCGAGCGGCGCGCGCGCACCAUGCUCGCGAGCAUCAAGGGCUUCUGGAAGGUGUGCCGAUAUGGCGACCUGUACAUGGUACUGGCAGCGCUGGCCGCGCAGUCCAUCAACAUAUCGGUGGGGUUCUGCCAGGGCUUCUCCGCGGUGCUGCUUCCCCAGUACACGCACGAGUACCCUGAAAUCUCGUAUGAACAAGCCUCAUGGAUUGCGAGUUUGGGCGUGAUCUCGAACCCGGUGGGCGCGCUGCUGGGCGGCAUGCUGGUGGACGCGCUGGGCCGGCGCCUGCUGCUGCAGUCCAUCGUGCUGCCCAACCUGCUGGGCUGGCUCGUCAUCGCCUUCUCCGACACAUACGUCAUGCUCUGCGUCGGCCGCUUCAUCACCGGCUUCACUAUCGGUAUGUCGACCGUGUCAUACAUCUACGUGGUAGAGAUCACGACGCCCGAGAAGCGCGGCGUGCUGAGCGCUCUGGGGCCGGGGCUGGUCUCCACGGGCAUCUUCAUCGUUUACUCGUUGGGCUCCUUCAUCCACUGGCGCAAGGUCGCCGCCAUCUGCGCCGGCGUGUCGCUUCUGACGCCCUUCCUCAUGUACUUUGUGCCCGAAUCACCCCUCUGGCUCGCCUCGAAGGGCCAAAUGAAAGAAGCCUACUCGGCUAUGUUCUGGCUUCGACAAAACAACAACGCCGCGCAGCAGGAGCUCAUGGAGUUUGCCAAAGAUAGAAAAGAUGAAACCAUGACGACGAGACAAAAACUCGGCCUGUUCAAGCGGCGCAACGUGCUCAAGCCGUUCGCAUUAUUGAUUAUUUUCUUCCUAUUUCAAGAGCUAUCCGGCAUCUAUGUAAUACUGUACUACGCCGUGGAUUUCUUCAAGUCAGUCGGGACGAGUGUGAACGAAUUCACAGCCUCGGUGAUAGUGGGCGGCGUGCGCGUGUUCAUGGGCGCGGUCGGAGCGUGCCUCAUCAAUAGUUUUAGACGGAAGACUUUAGCCGCAACGUCAGGAUUGUUACUCGGAGUGACGAUGUUAGGUGCGGCGAUCUGCGACAGUUUCGACGGCCCACCUUUAUUUAAAUUGGCGUGCAUUCUACUUCACGUAUCAUUCAGUAUGGUCGGAUUCCUGCAACUGCCGUGGAUAAUGUCCGGGGAGCUCUAUCCUCAGGACAUCCGCGGGCUGAUGUCUGGGGCGACAUCGUGUUGUGCCUACAUGCUUAUAUUCUUCAAUAUUAAAACGUAUCCACAAAUGGAGUACUACUUAACGAGCAAUGGAACACUGUAUUUAUUCGGAAUCUGCGCGCUGUUGGGCGCCGCUUAUUGUCAGUUUUUCCUACCAGAAACUAAAGGAAAGACUUUAGCGGAAAUUAUGAAACAAUUUGAAGAAGAUAAAAAGGAUGUCGAUCCAGAAGUAGGUGUAGAUAAGAAAGCGAACUUUGAGGGCAAGCCCGUGCAGAGGCGGCACAGCGCGGGCGCUGCUGUGUGUUUGGACAAGAAGAGUGAGUUGUUUAGGAACCAAUGGGUACAAAACGAUAACGCUAAGACUGUGGAGCUUCGCGAGUAGAUUGUAAUGUAUUUAUAUUGAUGAACAAUUGUAGGAUUUCAAUAUUUUGCCCUCGCAUAGAAUACUUGUUAAUUUAUAGCAUGAAAGCGAGGGUACGAAUCGUUCUUAAAUAUUUUAUAUUUGAAUGCAAAUAAUAAUUGUUGUUACCGACUGGCGCAUGUGAUGAUAGUAUAUUAGUUACUAUUUAGACUUAAUUCUAUUUAAUAAUUAUCAGUAUUAUAUAGUUAUGAAUGCAUUGUUGUUAUUAGUUGAGGUGCAACAUUCCAAUGUGAUAAUCGAUUUACAAGGUGACGUCAAUUGUAGCACUAUAUGAACGUUUUUAAAUGUGUAAUUUAAUAUAUUUUUAUAUUUUGUACAAAUGUUAGAGCAGGGUGAGAGUUGGCUGUGUCGAGUGACUGUUAGUGUAAUAUAGCGCGUUAGGUUAAAUAUUUACUUACAAAAUAAUUUAAUUUAUGUCAAUAAAGUAACUUCUGUGAUGACCAUUACAAAUACUAUGAAUAACGUGUGAAUUAAAUACAAAUUUGUUUUAAA